UGGCUUGGAGCGUGAAACAUGGCUGAGCUGGGCGCUGGCGAAGGCUGCUGCGGAAAAGAGGACAAACGCGACGAAAGCCUGUCCAAGAUGGCCGUGGAGGUGUUUGCGAAGCUGAAGGGCCUCAGAUGCCCCUUCAUCAAGGGUCUUCAUAUCAAAGACCCAAAGACCUUGCAGGAAGUGCUGUGUCGCUCCUCCAAGUACCGCUUGGAAAUCCUGGAGUGGAUGUAUUCAAGGGCCUGUUAUUCCUGGAAAGAUCUUUUCAGCUCGCUGAAGGGGGCCCCAGUCGAGGUGAAGAUCCAAGUGAUGGUGAAACUAAGCCGUGAGCUGAUGCUGUGUGGGCCGAUUGAGGAGAUCUUGCGGGGCCAGGCUAGCACCCAGGAGCAGAUGCGCUUCAUAGACCAGCUGCUGGACGCAAUCCGGAGCCUGACCAUUGGACGCUCCAGCUGCUCCAGUGUGGAGGAGCAGUUUGAGGACACCAGGGAGAAGAACGAGGAGCUACUAGGGGAUCUCUACUCCAGCUCCCAGCUGCGGACUCUCCUGAGCCCCAAGUGUGACCCAAGUUCCCUGGACGUGCAGCCUCCAAAUAAGCAAGGCGAUGGCAAGCAGGGUGAUGGCAAGCAGAGCGAUGGCAAGCAGGGUGAUGGCAAGCAGGGCGAUAACUGCCAGAGGGCCAAGCCAUCUGUGGUGGAGCUGAAGGAGGAAAAGAAUGUGCUAGAGCUGGCCAAGCAGCUGCAGGAGAGCGUGGACAGGAUGCAGGCGCUGCGGGCAGAGCACAAGAAAGCGGUUGCUGCAGGCAGGGCUGACACCAGCAUCCUGGACCAGAAGCUGCGCCUGGUCAUCUCUGACUUCCACCAGCUCGUCCUGGCUUUCCUCCAAGUAUACGACGAAGAGCUGAGUGAGUGCUGCCAGCGCUCAGGCCCCUACCUCCACCCGUGUGGCCCCAUCGUUGAGGCUGUGUACCAGACUCUCACUUCAUGCCGCCAACUGUUGAAAGCAGUGGUGCAGGUCACCGACACCUCUGCAAGUGCUGUAGAGAUGGUGGAGCAGCAGCAGGGUGAGCAGAACUAUUGGAGCAGUGACAACAUUGCGAUGAGUCUAGCCAACAAAAUGGAAGAACUAAUCCAGAAAUAUAAGCUCCUCAGUGAAAGUCUGAACAAACGCUCGAAGUAGUCUGGGAACAGGAAGCUGUGCCCUGAAGAACCAGGUGGCCGGGGAGGACCGAGCCAUCGGCAGGAGAAGCAGUUACAACCCUCAUGUUUUCCGGGCAUAGCUCCAGAUGCAUGGGCUUUCAGCUCCUUGGGAGGGGGGAGGAAGGGGCAGGG